GCCCCAUCAUUGGUGUCCGUUGGGAGAAAUAGUGCCCCAUCAUUGGUGUCAGUGGGAGGAAUAUGCCCCAUCAUUGGUGUCAGUGGGAGGAAUAGUGCCCCAUCAUUGGUGUCAGUGGGAGGAAUAGUGCCCCAUCAUUGGUGUCUGUGGGAGGAAUAUGUGCCCCAUCAUUGGUGUCAGUGUGGGAGGAAUAGUGCCCCAUCAUUGGUGUCAGUUGGGAGGAAUAGUGCCCCAUCAUUGGUGUCAGUGGGAGGAAUAGUGCCCCAUCAUUGGUGUCAGUGGGAGGAAUAGUGCCCCAUCAUUUGUGUGUCAGUGGGAGGAAUAGUGCCCCAUCAUUGGUGUCAGUGUGAGGAGGAACAGUGCCCCAUCAUUGGUGUCAGUGGGAGGAAUAG